CCAGAGCCUUUCUUCUUCUAUAUGAAGGCCUCCAUUCCCACUCGAAACGCCGCGUGCAGGCAGAGCAGAAAAGAACACCUAGCUAGGAAAAAUCCCAAGCAGCUGUUGCAACCGGUUCCUGCGAGGAGAAACAAGCAUGAGGCCCCAGGUGGUGCUGCUCGUCUCGCUGGCUGUCUUCGUCGUCCUCGUAGCUCUGCCACUCGGCAAAGCGAACGAGGAGAAGGAGGCCGCCGCCGAAGGGGUUGACGCGAGGAGGUGGAGGUGGCCGUGCUGCGACGAGUGCGGCGUUUGCACGAGGUCGCAGCCGCCGAUAUGCCAGUGCCUGGACACGUCGACGAGCGGCUGCAACCCGGGGUGCAAGGCGUGCGUCAAGUCCAUCAGCGACGGCCUCUACGAGUGCAAGGACAGGAUCGUCAACUUCUGCAAGCGCCGCUGCACCCGUCCUCCUGCUGCUGCUGCUGCUGCUGAUGCGUGAUCUGCGCGGUCGUCGUCCGAUCCCAGAGCCGGCAAAUGAGCUUUGCCAAUAAAUAAUUUCCGUUCGGACUUCGGAGUUCCCUUUUUGCAUCUUUCUCAAGAUGCAGACAGGGUUUGAAUAAGGUGAUGCUUGCUGUUUUCUGAAAUAAAGAGCAUGGAUGUGUUAUGCUCGGAGUUCUGUAGUCAUGGGAGGUAGAGAAAAUGUAAUAAUCGCUUUGUUUAUGUGCAUCUUUAGAUGCCAUAGACCGAGGCAUGACUAGCUAAUAAGCGCAUGGCUACUUGCAUCUCUUUGAUGCAAAGGCCGUGAUAUGGACAUGUCUAUUUCAUAUAAUUCCCACAAAUAUCACAAACAUUUUAUGAAUAGUGUCA